AUGUUUUAUUAAGUGUAAUCAGAACACAGUGUAUUAAGUAUUUUGGUCUAAUUUUAGUGGUUUCUAAGAAAAUUCCCUAAUUCAUACUGUGAGGUCACAUAUUUAGGUAGAAUACUAUAUAAUUAAAUUAUCCUCAGCCUUGUCUCUCAAUUCUGCUACUAAAACUUUCCUUUGGCUUUUAGAAAAUAACCUUAAAUGGAUACUGUUGCUUAAGAUUUAACUGACUAUAAAUGCGGUGGUGUGUCAUAUGAGAUUGUGAGUCUUUGACAGGCAGAAUCAUGAUUUAUUUACUUUUUAAUCCUCAGUGCCUAUGACAGAAGCUGAAGCGUAAAUAUUCAGUGCCAAGGUACUGUGAAAAUACUGGAAUCAUUUAAUUAUCUCUGGAGGCUUGAGAAGGGCAUCGGGAAAAUAAAACCCAUAUAUUCAGGAUUUAAUAGGGUUACUCAAGGUCUUAAAGGGGUGCUAGUAACGGUGGUGAUCAUGGUGCUCAGAAAGGAAUUAGUUCUCAAAAGUGCAAGCAUAGCGGGCCUGAGGAACUGCAAAUACCGGCUGUAACAGCCCACUCCUACGGAUUCUUUAGCCUUCUGGCUAAACAUCGCCACAGCUAGUUGAAUCAGUUUGAGUAGCACUAGAUAUUUCAAGUCAGACCUCAGAUCCCACUCUCCCGGCCACCCCAGAGUGCAGGGCUGUCCAAUACAAUACAGAUGUGCUGCUGAAUCUGAAUGUCAAAUAAAUAUUUAGUGACGUCUCCAAUGUUUGGGACAUACUUAUAUAAAAUUCAAGGUUCAUAUUUUUAUUUGCUUUGAUUGUGUGUAUUUCUAUAUGCUGCGUCUGGCAACGCCAGCAGGGUGAUAAGAACUAGCACGGUUCUGCUGUGGUAAAUAAUCACAAAUAAAACGCCACCAUGACCCUGGAUUUCUGUAGCCUUUUCACGAAAGUCUCGCCAAUCAGAAGCAAGCAGGGUGUUAACCUGCUUCCUGAAAAGAGACGCUAAAACUAGGCAACCAGAGGGCGAAGGCACACAACCUUCCGCAACAUCCAGUAGGCAUGCGCAAACGCACGGUGACGCUGCAUCCCGCGCUGAGGGGUGGGGACGACUGAGCGUCGCUCUUGCACGUGAUCUAAGCGCCACUUUUUGAUUGUCUGCCUCGGGGGCGCGGCGCUCGGGCUCGGACGCCCCGGAUUGGUCCUUGGGGGUAGCGAGGCGGGACUCUGGCUACAGCCGCGGGAGGUCCGGACUUGGGCGGCCAUGGGACUCGCCGGCAACAGAGGACACAUAUCUUAGCUGGGUUGCUCUAAGGACUGAUGUCUAAACCAUCUCAGCAUGGCCUGUAGAGGAGGAGGUGGGGAUGCCAAGGCUCCUUCAGCUCCACUCUUCCUGGUUAGCCCUGGAAGCUUUUCCACCUGUACAGCCCACUCUCAUAAUAUAUGCAUGGUAUCUGACUUUUUCUACCCAAACAUGGGAGGAGUGGAAAGCCACAUAUACCAGCUCUCUCAGUGCCUGAUUCAAAGAGGGCACAAGGUCAUAAUUGUCACCCAUGCUUACGGAAAUCGAAAAGGCAUCCGUUACCUCACUAAUGGGCUCAAAGUCUAUUACUUGCCUCUGAAAGUCAUGUACAACCAAUCUACAGCCACGACCCUCUUUCACAGUCUGCCAUUGCUCAGGUACAUAUUUGUUCGGGAGAGAGUCACGAUAGUCCAUUCCCAUAGUUCUUUUUCUUCCAUGGCCCAUGAUGCUCUCUUCCACGCCAAGACAAUGGGGCUCCAUACAGUCUUCACGGACCAUUCCCUCUUUGGAUUUGCUGAUGUCAGCUCGGUGCUCACAAACAAGCUUCUAACUGUGUCGCUUUGUGACACAAACCACAUCAUUUGUGUCUCUUAUACUAGUAAGGAAAAUACUGUACUAAGAGCAGCACUGAAUCCUGAAAUAGUGUCCGUCAUUCCUAAUGCAGUAGAUCCUACUGACUUCACUCCAGAUCCAUUUAGGAGGCAUGAUAGUAUAACUAUUGUUGUUAUCAGCAGACUUGUUUACAGAAAAGGGACUGAUUUGCUUUGUGGUAUAAUACCCGAGCUCUGUCAGAAAUAUCAAAAUUUAAAUUUCAUAAUUGGAGGAGAGGGACCAAAGAGAAUCAUUUUGGAAGAAGUACGGGAACGAUACCAACUACAUGACAGGGUGCAUCUUUUGGGAGCUUUACAACACAAGGAUGUUAGAAAUGUCUUAGUUCAAGGACAUAUUUUUCUUAAUACCUCCCUAACCGAAGCAUUCUGCAUGGCGAUUGUGGAAGCAGCCAGUUGUGGUUUACAGGUUGUAAGUACCAAGGUUGGAGGAAUUCCUGAGGUGCUUCCAGAAAAUCUCAUUGUUUUAUGUGAACCUUCAGUAAAAUCUUUGUGUGAAGGGUUGGAAAAGGCUAUCUUCCAGCUGAAGUCAGGGACUCUUCCAACCCCAGAAAAUAUCCAUAGCAUAGUAAAGACUUUCUAUACCUGGAGGAAUGUUGCAGAAAGAACUGAAAAGGUGUAUGAGCUGGUCUUGAAGGAAGAUGUGUUGCCCAUGGACAAGCGACUGGAUAGGCUCAUUUCUCACUGUGGCUCAGUAACAGGCCACAUUUUUGCUUUGUUAGCUGUUUUCAACUAUCUGUUCCUUAUCUUCCUAAGAUGGAUCACUCCGGAUUCUACCAUUGAUAUUGCAAUAGAUGCCACUGGGCCAAGGGGUGCCUGGACUCACCACUCUCCUCACGGUGAAAAAAGGGGUGAGAAUAAGAAGGUGUCUAAAACCAGGUAGAAGAAAGCCUGCCUUGUAAAGUUUUAAAUAUUUGUAACACUUCUAUUAAGAUGAUUGAAAAUAACCUUGCUUUUUUGUUUUUGUCAGUAAGUUACGCUACCUCUAUACCAUUCAAUGUUUUAUUUUGAGGAAAGAUUAAAAACUUAUGCAAUUCCUGAGUGUAGAAACUCCUUGUACUUCUUUACAAUGUAGGAGGGAACAUUUAAGCCACUCAGGUAUGAAAUUUUUCAGAUACUGAAAUCCCUCUAGCAGAGAUGUUUUAACAUUAUAUUUUAAGAGCUUUGGGUGCUGAAGGGCCAAAUGUUUCUGGGCAUUUUUGGCCAAUUUUUAAUGUUAAACCAUUACUUAGAUGUUCACCAAAUGUUUACAAGUUUUCUUUAGGGAAGUAUACCAAUUACGGAAACUAUUUAAGUCAUGUUCAUAGACAUCUAUUAGGCAUUUAAGUGAUGCUCUUAAGGAUUUAUUGGGUCCACUCAGUAAGCGUUACAUAUAAGCAGCAGGUUUCUUGAAUAAGAUGGCGUGUUAGUUAACCAGCAUGUUUUGAUCACCUGCUAUGUGUAAACUGCUGGUAAUACCAGGGAUGUAUUCACACUUUAUCAUUCACACAGCUUACUUCAUUAUAGUCAUGGUUGACAUGAAGUGGUAAAAUAUCUAACAUGCCAAAAAUGCUCAUGCUAGUUAAUGCCAGGAAGAAAUCACUGGUAUAUUCCAAGUCUUCCUUUGAUUGUAUUGUAUGUAUUCUCCUAGGUAGAGCCCCCGUCUGUUUAUGAAGAGCCCUUUUGCUUUUUAAAUUCUAGGGACCGAUAUCACUGUUGAUGAUAGUGCAGAGAAAGCCUCCACAUUUUUCAGUACAUAAUUUAGUCCUCUGUAAAUGCCUUCUUGUUACCUGAGCAGAAUGAAUGAGGUGUGCCAUCUCAAAACCAGCUGCUACUGUAUCCUUUUGAUAUAAGUCACUACCCUCCACUGUGGCCUAGCUGAUGUCUGAUACAUGUUGUCAGUGUGCAAAAGGCUUUACUCCAGAGUGUUUUAUUUAUAGCAAAACAAGUCUGAAAAUUUUAGGAACACAAGUCUCUUUGUGGAUGGAUGUUGUUAACUGUAACCAUUGUUGGCCAGAGCCAUGGGUUUUUAACCCCCAAUUAUCCACAUGGUGUGUAGUAUUCUUUGAACUCUUUAGAAUAAGUUUUUGUGAAAAAAAGACUGUGAAAUCAAAACAAUGAGGCGCUUGUGUGUGCACUAGAUAGAUUCUGUCAGUAUUGUGAUUCUGCACAGGAUAUUUUUAAUGACAGCAUUCACAAAACGUCUUACCUUCUAAAAAGUAUCUUAUGCCUGUUACCCGAUUGCCACUGAUAUAAAAGAAAUAUAUUAGUGUUCUGUUUAUACUAAAACACAAAUGCAAGAGUGCAAUUUUUUAAAUCUAGUAGUUAGAAAUUCUUUUGUUGGAAAAAAAUGGACUGACCCUAACCAUUCAGUCUUAUUAAGAUUUUUAUGCAUUGAAACUGAUACAGACAUGAAGUAAACAGUGCCAAUAUUCAUGGUAAAGUGAGAAAUGGUUAAUAUUUGGUUUUGUUUGUUCUACUAAGCAGUUUUUAAAGGCACACUGCUAUUUUUCCUUUUGUGUCUUGAUAUUUUUCAAAAUUGUUUAAUUCUUGAAUUGUCAUUUGUUUAAGAUGAAAAUAAAAUUUAAAAGUGGUUGAUUUUGCUUAUAAAAUGUGUAAUUUACAAGUCAGAAUUAUUUUACCGUUUUUAAAAGGAAGUCAAUUUAUUUGUCUUAAGUUAAAUCUUCAUUUUCAGGCUUCCUGGAUACCUUAAUUAUAACUGUCAGUGUUGCACUGUUCAGUAUGUGGAAACACAUUGCUCUGCUCUGCUACUUACAUUUAUUUGCAAGUGAAUUUAACAGUGAUGAGGAAAUUAUUAAAAAUGUAUUUCCUUUUAUGUUAUAAGCAGUUGCACAUGUAACUGAUUUGUUAAAACAUGCUACAUGUCCAAAAAUAAAGAAUGACAUUUUGACAAUUC